AGGCCACAGCAGGGACUCAGUGCAGUGCAGAGUGAAAGUGAAGGAGCUCAGACAAGCCUACCAGAAAACCAAAGCAGCAAAGGGAAGAUCAGGGUCAGGGCCAAAAUCAUGCCGCUUCUAUGCUGAGCUGCAUGCAGUUUUAGGGGGCUGCGCCACCACUACCCCCCCUUGUCCGUGGAUUCCGAGGUGGGGGUUAUAAUCUCAACCAUGGAUGAGGAUUCAGCGGAGGGGGAAGAUGAGGAGGAAGAGGAGGAAGAGCUUGCAGAGAGCACACAGCACUCCAUUCUCCCCAACAGCCAGGAGCUUUUUGUGACCCAGACGGAAUUACCCUCCCAGCCCUCCCAAGCCACUAGCCCAGAUAGUGAAGCCAUGGAAGCGACCUCUGCUGCACAUUUUUCAAGCCUCCCUACUUCAUCCCGAAGGCUAGCUCAGAUAAGGCGGAGGAAGAAGAGAACGCGAGAUGAAAUGUUCUCAGAAAUCAUGGAAGUAACCCGCAAUGAAAGAGCUCAUCUGAAGGAGUGGAAGGACAUGGUAGCAAAGUACAGGAAAGAUGCCAGUGAACGUGAGGAUAGGAGGGACCAACGUGAGGAUAGGAGGGACGAACGUGAGGAUAGGAGAGACGCUCGAGAUGAGAGGUGUAGGCAGGAAGAUCAGCGGUGGCGGGAUGCAAUGCUGGAGCUGCUGCAUGAUCAAACUGACAUCCUCCGACGUCUGGUGGAUCUUCAGGAGGAGCAAUGGGGUCACAGAGUGCUGCUGCAGCCCAUAUUUAACCACCCUCAGUACUCACCAUGUUCCAUGUCUUCCUCACCCAGAUAUGUAAGAACGCGUGGGGGAAGGCUUUGUGCACCAGCCCACUCCACCCCUGUGGACAGUCCAACCAAAAGGCUGUCAUUACACUGAAAUGUGCUUAAUGGCCUUUUCCUUCCCUCCUAUCCUCCUCCCAAACCACUCCCGGGAUACCUUGUUAAUUAACUUCCUCUUUUUAUAAUUACAUGCUUUUUAAACGAAGGGGGAGGGUGGGUUUCUUACAGGGAAUGACUUUUAAUAAAGAAUACAUGCUUUUUAAACGAUAGUGACUUUAUUUCCUUAGGCAAGCUGUAAUCGAAGGGGGAGGGUGGGUUGCUUACAGGAGGAGUCAAUAAAGGGGAGGAGGUUCAUGAAGGGGAAACAAACACAGCAGUCACACCGUACCCUGGCCCAUGAUGAAACUCGUUUUCAAGGCUUCUCUGAUGCGCACCACUUCCUGGUGAGCUCUUCUAAUCGCCCUGGUGUCUGGCUGUGAGUAAUCAGCGGCCAGGUGAUUU